GUGGUUUCUUUUUCAUUUAUGUUUAUAUAAUUUUCAUCUUAAUCUUAAAUUCUGGUAACCUUAAUGCUUGAUCCGCUUUUCUCCUAAAUUUUUGUGUGAGAGAAGAGAGAUCUAAAAAUCCACAAUUUUGUUCAAAUCUUGGAGUUAAAUGCUGAAUUUUAGGCCUAGUUGCUUAGAUGUAUGGCUUAAAGUUUCGAACUUUUCCUUGGAUAUGGUACAAUCUUGUAGUUAAACGCUGAUGUGUCCCUCUUGGUCUUGGGCGUUGUUGCUUAGAUUUAUGGCUUAAAGUUUCAAACUUUUCCUUGGAUAUGUGAGAAGAAAAUGUCAGGAUCUGAGACGGGUUUUAUGGCGGCGACCAGAGAAUCAGUGCAAUUCACAAUGGCUCUCCACCAGCAGCAGCAGCAACGCAGUGAAGCUCAACCUCAGCAGUCUCAGAACAUGCAAUCGUCAUUCGGUGGAGACGACGGAGCCGAUCUCUACAGGCAGCCGAUGAGGUCAGCAUCACCACCGCAGCAGUACCAACCCAACUCAGCUGGUGAGAAUCCUGUCUUGAACAUGAACAUGCCCGGAGCUGAGCAUGGAGCCGUGACUGGAAGUGAGCCUGUGAAGAAGAGGAGAGGUAGACCGAGGAAAUACGGACCUGAGAGUGGUGAAACGUCACUUGGUUUGUUUUCUGGAGCUCCUUCUUUCACUGUGAGCCAACCUGUUAGCGGCGGCGGUGGAGGAGAGAAGAAGAUGAGAGGAAGACCUCCUGGUUCUUCUAGCAAAAGGCUCAAGCUUCAAGCUUUAGGCUCGACGGGAAUCGGAUUUACGCCUCAUGUACUUACCGUGAUGACUGGAGAGGAUGUAUCAUCAAAGAUAAUGGCGUUAGCUCAUAAUGGACCACGUGCUGUGUGUGUCAUGUCUGCAAAUGGAGCCAUCUCCAAUGUGACUCUCCGCCAGUCUGGCACAUCCGGUGGAACCGUUACAUAUGAGGGGAGAUUUGAGAUUCUGUCUUUAUCGGGAUCGUUCCAUUUGCUGGAGAACGAUGGUCAAAGAAGCAGGACGGGAGGUCUAAGUGUGUCCUUAUCAAGUCCGGAUGGUAAUGUCCUAGGUGGUAGUGUAGCUGGUCUUCUUAUAGCAGCAUCACCUGUUCAGAUUGUUGUUGGGAGUUUCAUACCAGACGGAGAAAAAGAACCAAAACAGCAUGUGGGACAGAUGGGACUAUCGUCACCCACAUUACCGCGUGUGGCCCCAACGCAGGUGCUGAUGACUCCGGGUAGCCCGCAAUCUCGAGGCACAAUGAGUGAGUCAUCUUGUGGAGGAGGACAUGGAAGCCCUAUUCAUCAGGGCACAGGAUCUUACAGCUGGAAGUAGCCAUGUGAUCUGGGUCGGCUUAAAACAAACAACUUCCCGUUAUUUGAGUGAUGAUUAUUUCUAUAUUUGGUUUAGACUUUCUAGUUCUGUUCAGACAAAAGGAGUUUGAUAACUUGACCUAUUUUGUGUUUUGAGGUACUUUCAGAACCAUAGGUGUUCAGAAAUUAGAAUGUCCUGAUUAAUGUAGAUCUUUUAUUUUAUGUUGAGGUACUUUCAGAACCAUAAGUUGUUCAGAAAUUAGAAUAUCCUGAUUAAUGUAGAUCUUUUAUUUUGUGUUUCUCAA